AUGAGAGCAAUGAGGAGAAGAGGAGGAGGAGUAGAGCAGGAGGACCUGGAGGAGAACGCAGCCGGACACACGGAUAUGGAGGUCAGGGGCGAGGAGUCUUGGGACAUGGAGGCUGAGGAGGGCCCAGCUGAGGAGAGCCCAGCUGAGGCAGGAGGAGGAGCGGAUGAGGAAGCAGGCAGUGAUUCUGCCAAAGACCCCCUGCUGCUGAAUGUGUCUGAGGGUGAGGGGCGUGUGAAGGCCCUUGCUGCUGCUAUGCUGUCGCCUACUGCUACUGCUGCUGAUACCACCACUGCAUCCCCUAAAGAGGCGGUGGCGUUAGGUGUUGCUGGGGGGCGUGUGAAGGCUCUUGCUGUUGUGGUGGCGUCUGCUGCUGCUGAUACCACCAGUGCACCCUCUAACAAGGCUGCGACUGUGGACGUUUCUGCUGGGAGGGUGAAAGCACUGGCUGCUGUGGUGGCUUCAUCUGCAUCUGCUGACGCCACCAGUGCACCCUCUAAGGAACCGGCGACUCUGAAUGUUGCAGAGGGGCGUGUGAAGGCUCUUGCUGCUGUGGUGGCGUCUGCAACUCCUGACACCACAGCUGCAGCCCCGAAAGAGGCAGCAACUAUAAAUGUUCCUGGCGGGCAUGUGAAAGCUCUUGCUGCCGUGGUUGCGUCAACUGCUGCUCCUGCUGACGCCACCAGUGCAUCCCCCAAAGCGGCGGCGGCUGUAGAUAUCGCUGGCGGGCAUGUGAAAGCUCUGGCUGCUGUGGUGGCGUCUGUGGGUGCUGCUGGUGCCACCAGUGCACCCUCUAACGAGUCAGCGGGUCUAGAUGUUGCUGGUGGGCGUGUGAAGGCUCUUGCUGCCUUUGCGGCUGCUCCUGCUGCUGAUGAUACCACCAGUGCACCCUCUAAAGAGUCACCGGGUCUAGAUAUUGCUGGGGGGAGGGUGAAGGCGCUGGCUGCUGCGGUGGCAUCCACUGCUGCUGCUGACGCCACCAGUGCACCCCCUAAAGAGGUGGUGGUGACUGGAGACGCAGCGGCUCUAGAUGUUGCAGAGGGGCGUGUGAAGGCUCUUGCUGCUGUGGUGGCUUCUGUGGCAGCUGCUGACUCUGUCAGUGCAACGCCUAAAGGUGUGGCGAAUCCUGAUUUUGCAGAGGGGCGUGUGAAGGCUCUUGCUGCUCGGGCUGCCUCUGCUGCUGCAAACAACAGUGCUGAAAGCACCGGCGGUGCUUCAAAGGACUUGGUCUCUCUGGAGGUUGGAGAGGGGCGGGUGAGAGAGCUCGCUGCUAUGGCUGCCUCUGCUGCUGCCAACAGCAGUGCAACCGCCAGUGCUGCUUCAAAUGACCCCUCUCUGGAUGUUGCUGGGGGGAGAGUGAGAGAGCUCGCUGCUCUGGCUGCCUCUGCUGCUGCCAAUAACAGUGCUGAAACUGCUGACAGUGCUCCAAAGGACUCCUCUCUGGACGCUGGUGAGGGCCGUGUGAAGGCCCUGGCUGCUCUUGCUUCCACUGGUGCUACCUCUGGUAACAAUGUUAGUCAAGGCCAAUCUAAUAGCAAUGGUGAACCCACCACGCUGUACGGCAAUGACAAGAGCAUCCAGCAGCAGCAGCAGCAGCACUACCCUGCUCCCUCCCCACGCCUCAUCCACCGUCCCUACUCCCCGUCACCGCGCUCCAUCCCUCACUCCCCAUCCGCCCAUCUCCCCUGCUACACUCGCUGCCCCUCCACCCAUCUCGUGAGCCCCAUUCGCCCCCGAAGAAGCUUCAGCCCUAGUAGGUUCCGGGCAUUUGAUGCUGCAGCAGUGGCAGCAGCAGCCUUGUCAGGAGUUUCCCCUCAGCGCCGCCGCUCCCCUUCGCCGAACCUCCCACGUUAUUCCGCCUCUCCGGGGGCUUAUCCUAGCGGCUUUCCCAUCCGAACCUCGUCUAUAAUGGUGGGAUCACCAGGAGGGAUGGUGGGAGGCGCGGGGGAUGUGCUUAUAACGAAGGGCAGUGGCGGCGGCAUGGAGGGAGAAGGGCAUGAGGGGGAAAUGCUGGGGGAUGAUGCAGAAAACGAGGAGGAGAGAGAGGAGGAAGAUGAAGGGGAGGAUGAGGACGAUGAGGAGGAGGGAGAGGAGGAGCGAGAGGAGAAGGGUCCACCUAGUGAGGGUAUGCAGACACAAGGGCCAGCAGCUGCAACAGUGCCUUCAAGCGAGGCCAACGGGAUUGCUGGCAGUGGCAAGACAUGGAAAGACAUUCUUCUCUCUGUGAAAGCAGCGUCUCAGCCCGGAAGAGCUGUUCCCGGUUCUAAUGCAGGGAGACAAGAGGGUGUGGGUGUUUCUGCCCUGGCAGCUGUAGCGGCAGAGGUUGUAACGGGAAUGGACGGAGGCAGGGAGGGAGGGGUGGGUGAUGUGGCUGGGGUGUUGGGGAAUGGAGCAUUGGUGUUUGGUGCAGUUGAUGUGGUCGGGGGGACAGCAGGGAAGUCGGUGGGGGCGAUUGGAGAAAUGCAUGGGGAGGCGUGCCGGCAGGAGGGAUGGAAGAGGGCGAGAAGCGUUGCAACUGGAGUAAUGGCGACUGGUGGGGUGAUGGCAGGUGGGCAGCAGCAUUCGAUUUACAGAGGGAUAGCAGAGGGAGAAGAGGAGGGAGGGAUGGAGAACGAAAAGGACGGACCAGCUGUGGUAGAAGGGGAAGUUGUUGGGGGGGUUGGAGCAGAAAAGAGGCAGCAGAGGGAGAUUUUGCAGCUGCAAACAGCAACACGGGUGCAGAGGGGAGAGGGAGGAUGGGCUCACUUGUGUGCCAAGAUGGAGCAGCAGAGGCAGCUGUAUGAAGCCCAAGGUGAGCCUUAUGUGUGCCUUAUGAAUCUCAAGGUGAGCCUUAUGUGGGAGAGGAUAGUGUGUAACAGUGUCAAGCUGCUGGGUGCGUUGGAGUCUCCUACCAGAUGGCCUCACCUGUGUGCCAAGAUGGAGCAGCAGAGGCAGCUGUAUGAAGCCCAAGACGACUCAAGAGCCACCCAGCUAUCAGACCUGCCGGACGAGUUCAUCGUCCAGAUCCUCUCUCGCCUCACCGACCCGCUCGACUGGACGGCGUGUCUCGUCCUAUCCAGACGCUUCGCCGCCCUCUCCUGCCUCGCGCUGCAAGCCCUCUACCUCCUCCCGAACCGCCUGCUCCCCAAGCCUCUGCUGGCUCGGUACCUAGCCUGUUACCCGAACCUGGCAGUGCUGUAUCUGCCCUGGAACAGCGUGGAGGUGGAGGGAGAUGAUGUUUUCGAGAUGAUUGCUUUAUCCAGAUUGGAGCUGCAGGCUCUGCAUGUCGAUGUCUUCCCUGGUUACAAUGAGCGCUCUUACGCAAGAACACCAGCAGGCCUCACCACCCUCUUCACUGCCCUCCCCUCCCUCCGCUAUCUCGCCCUCUGCACCGGCCGAUACAUCCGCUCCCUCCCAGCCUCCAUCGCCCGUCUUUCCCUCUUAGAGGAGCUGCUUAUAAUGAAUCAGUCUUCUAAGCUUGGUUUGCGGUCUCUUCCGCCUGCCCUCGGUCAGCUUUCGAAUCUUCGCCGCCUGGUGCUCGAUUCCUGUCUACAGCUUCCUACGCUGCCCGAGGAAAUCGGGCAGCUGACUGGAUUGGAGGAGCUGGAGCUGCUGAGCCUGGAUUGUUUACGCCAGCUGCCCGAAUCUAUCGGGCAGCUUCAGUGCCUGAAGUGGUUCAAGAUGUGCUGGUGCAUGUCGGUCCGCAACCUGCCCGAGAGCAUCGGGCAGCUGAAAGAAUUGGAGGAGAUGGUCAUCAACAUGGCAGCAAGUGAAACGUGGCUGGGCAGCUUGAAAGAGCUUCCGCAAUCUUUCGGUCAGCUCUACUCCCUGCGGUUCCUGAAGAUUGUCGGCUGCCCGUUGAUGCUGGAUCUGCCCGAAUGUUUUGGGCAGCUUUAUCAGCUUGAAGAAUUUGUUUUUGACAACAAGGGCUUUGCAGAGGAGUCCGAAGCCUGCGGACUUUUAUCCCUGCCCGACUCCUUCGGGCAGCUGACAAGUCUCGUGCGAUUGGAGCUCCGCAACUGCUUCGCCCUCACCUCUCUGCCCGAAUCUCUCGGGCACCUUCCGUACCUCUACUCGCUCAAGCUCAUUGGCUGCUAUUCUCUCGCCACGCUGCCCGAAUCUCUGGGCAGCUCAGGCAGCCUCCAGCUGCUUCUUGUGGAUAACAAGGUGGAUGAUGAUGAGGAUGAAGAGGAGGAUGGGGAUGGGGAUGAGGAUGGGGAGGAGGAUGGGAUGAGCAUAGUGAGCCAUUCAACGGCCAUGGACAUGCACAUGAGCAUGAACGGCACUGACGAUACCGCUGCUAGCGAUGACGGCGCGAGCACCGGCAGAAACGAGGACGGAGAGAAUCACGACAAUGGUCAUUAUGACAAUAACGGCCAUAAUGAGGAGGAGGACGAGGAGGAUGAGGAGGACGAUGAUGACGAUGAUGGUCCGAGCGGUCUGCUCGCCCUGCCGUCAUCCAUGGGUAUCACCCCAUCAGCCAUGUGCAACCUCCGUCAGCUGGUCCUGCGAGCCAACGUCUCCCUCACCACCCUCCCGCCUGCCUUCUUCUCCCUCCACCUUCUUGAAAGCCUCGUUCUCGACUUCACAGAGACCAGAAAUCGGGAAUCUUUCUCGGACCCACCUGCCAGCCGCCUGGGGUCCAGAUCAGCGUCUCAAGCGUCGCUCUCAGGAAGCGGUGCAGUUGGCUUGGGCAGCGAUGCGGUUACCACGGAGACAGGCAGUGCGAUGAACUCUUCCCUGAUGUUGAUUUUGCCGGCUGACUUGCCAACCACACUGGAGAAGAAAUCCAAGCCUGCGGGAAUAGCUGAGCUUCCAGAGGAGAUUUCACAGCUGGUUAAUCUUCGACGGUUGGAUUUGAUUGGCUGCUCGAAGCUUUCCAAGCUGCCCGAAUCCCUGGGCAGCCUCCAGUUCCUGCAGAGGCUGGUGGUUGCAUUCUGUCCGGCCAUUCAGGCCCUCCCGGCUGGCGUCGGGCAGCUGAAAUUCCUCCAGACGUUUGUUGUUCAGAACUGCCCGAAUCUGCGGCACCUGCCCGAAUCGUUAACAGCACUGGCAGGGCUGCCCGAGCUGUGCAUAGAUGAGAAAUCUGUGGGCGUGAAGAUUCCAGACCAUUUGUUGAGGCUGCCCGGUUUCCGCCGUGACAGCUGUUUCUUUGAAGACCGGCUCUUCAUUGACUUAAUUGAGUGA